AUGUUUGCAUCGCUCUUCUUGAGUUUAGGUCGGUUUGGGAACAACUGCAGAUCUUGGUUGCUGGGGCCACACGUCGGAGUGAAGCAAGACCUAAGCUCUUUGCAGGCCUCGGACUUCUUGGCAGCCCUGCGCUCACUCGUGGAGCAGGCGGAUGUUGCUAGUCGCAUGCCCAUUGAAGAGCGACAUAGGCGCCUUGCUGGUCGUGACUCGCCUAGCGCAUCUGUUUUGUUGGAAGAACUUCAAUCCAUUGCGGUGCAUUCCUACAAGCAUUUGGCGAGAUGGUCUGUGAGCGAAAGCGGAGAGGAGCGGAGCCGCAUACACGGGGCUGUCGCGCUUGCAUUUCAGCAUGAGGCCUUGAUUGUGCUCACAGACAAGGACUGGGCGAAGCCAAAAAGGCUAAAGACCCAUGAGGCAUUUUGGGAUGUUUCUCCAGAUCUUGCCUCUUCGAAAGCUGCAAAGCUGGCUUUGAAGGGUCGCCUGCCUUCUGACGAUUUGGACCUGCUGAAAGCCUUCUUCGUGGACGCCGUUGGAAUCCCGGAGCGUUUGACGCAGCAAGAUCUGGAAGCACGUCUGCGAGUACCUUUAAGCCAGGAGCCACAGCAGCAAAGCAGCUGGCAAGAAGGAUUUGGACUACAAGACUUUGAGGAUUUUGCCACAGUGCGACGAGGCCCUGGCAUUCUGCGUCCUGGUGAAGGAGAGGAAGAUUUUUUCCGACCCGCGGAUAACUUAACUGGAGGCGCUGGAGGUGCAGGCACUACAGGGGAUGCCGGAGCUUCAUUUGGGUCUGAAAGGUACAGCCAGGACCCACAAGGUACAGAUGCAGGAGGUUCAAGAGGAUCAGGAGACUCAAUGGGUCCAAGCUCAACGGAGUCCCCGUCGAGGCCAGACGUUCAGCGGGAAGAAGGGGAAGAGCGGGAAGGGCAAGAAGCUCCUUCAUCAAGCAGCGCAAUGCCUUCCAGAAUAGACUCCAUUCCGGAGCAACCUGAGACUGUCCAAGAAGAGCAAGAGGAGCUUGAGGAGGAAGACACUUUUGAUUGGGAUGGAGAAGAUGCCAACGAUCCCUACAAGGUCCUCCGAGUAGAUAAAGAUGCAAAUGACGAGACCAUCAAGCGAUCCUACAAAAAGCUCGCCCUCAAGUAUCAUCCGGACAAGAACCGAGGCAGCGAAAUUGCCCAGAAGCGCUUCCAGGCGAUUGCUGCUGCCUAUGAAACUCUCAGGGACCCGGAGAAGAGGCGAGCCUACGACAAAGCUGCGGCAAAGAAAGAGUCUGCAAGUCGGGAGGAAGAGGACAGACCACCACAGCCAAAGUGGGAGCCAAAAGUUUCUGUUGAGCAAGCUCGGGAGAUGUUUCGAAGCUUUUUUGGAGACCGACCAACAGCUGAGCCUGAGGCUUCCAAGCCAACAGCUCGGCGGAAAGCUGCGGAUUCACCUGACGUCUCAACACCGGACCGGUCAGGAAAGACACAGAUUCGAAAGCUUUCCAAAGAAGAGUACAACAAUCUCUUGAGUGAGUUGAAGGAAGCUGAAGAAACGGCCAAAAUGUGGCAUGAGGAGGUAGAAGCUGCUCGAGAGCAGCUACAAGAGGCCGAGGCAACUCGGGACCGUUACCUGCGAAUCCUGCAGGAGUGCUAUGAUCGCAGCCGGACUCAGCUUGCACAUUCUCAGAGCAUCGGUCUGUCAGGGCUGGAGGGUGCUUUUGUAGCAGCUGGGUGGCUUGGUAUCCAGUUCCCCGAGCUGCGGAGGGUUGCGCAAAAGAAGCAGCAGAAACUCGAUCGAGCGGCCACAAAGAUCCAGAGGCCCGUGCACGACACGAGCUCCUUGAGCUGUUGA